AUGAUUCUUUCCAUGUGCGAAGAGACUAAAAGCCCUGCCACCCAGGUUCCCAAGGCCAUGUGCGGCGCUCUAUUCCUGAGCUGGCUUUGCGGUUUCAUCUUCCUCAUCCCUCUCAUGUUCGUCAUGCCUGCCAUCGAAGAAGUCAUCAGUGACCCUUACGGUCAACCACUUCCGUUUAUUCUCCGCUCAGCAAUUGGUAGCGAGGGUGGCGCCUUCGCUCUCACCGUCCCCAUCAUUGUCCUUGGAAUCAUUUACGGCGCCAUCCCAGGCUCUGGAUUGUGGAAGCAGGUCAACGCAAAGCUCGAUGUUCCUCUGAACGCCAUGAUGCUGAGCAUGGCUACCCAAAUCCUGCUCGGUCUGAUCUACUUCGGGUCCUAUGCUGCCUUCAGCGCCUUCAGCGGCUCUGCUGUUAUCUUUUUGACCAUUGCGUACGUUAUGCCGAUUGUAGCCUCAUUGUUUGGCGGACGCAAGCACCUAUCUGCAGGUUCAUGGGACUUUGGUGUCAUUGGUGUAAUUUGCAACGUCGUCUCUAUAGCGUGGACCAUGUUUGUCCUUCCCCUUUUCAGCUUCCCUUUUUUCAACCCUACCACCCUAGAAACGAUGAACUACGGAUCUGUUGUCUUCAUUGGAGGUACUGUGGUUUCAGCGCUGUGGUAUUUUGUUUGGGGCCGCAAGAACUACAAGGGUCCUCCUACGCAAGAUGGCGAGGUGCUACGACGGAGAAGCUCCAUUAUUGAGCAGUAG